ACUUUGUCAAAGCUUGCACAGCGGGGAAAAAAAACUGCUAAUGCAAGCAGAAUUGGGUCAAAUCUCGCAAUAAGGCAGGAUGAGCAGAUAAGGAGAAAGGGCGAAAAAUACAACUGCAGAACCCGAAAAGACCGUCGCCCGGAGCGCACUGCGGAGCAGACCAGCACCCCAGACACGGUCAGAGUCGCGGACAGGCAAACAUGAGGCGCGGGACCCCCCUCAGUAACAGAAACUGUCUCCUUUUGGUGCUUUUUUCCCUGUUCAUCGCCUUUCAACAAACUUCAGCUGCGCCUUCGCCAAUUAUCAAGUUCCCUGGGGAUGACACGAGCCCGAAAACGGACAAAGAAGUUGCGCUGCACUAUCUGAACAAGUUCUAUGGAUGCCCCAAAGACCGGUGCAACCUCAUGGUCCUCAAAGACACGCUGAAGAAGAUGCAGAAGUUUUUUGCCCUGCCCGAAACCGGGGAGAUCGAUCAGAAAACUCUGGAGGUCAUGAAGAAGCCUCGCUGCGGAGUCCCGGACGUAGCCAAUUACAACUUCUUCCCCCGCAGGCCCAAGUGGGAGAAGAACACCGUCACAUACAGAAUCUUAGGUCACACUCCAGAUCUGGACGAGGAAACCAUAGACGAUGCCUUUGCCCGCGCCUUCAAAGUGUGGAGUGAUUUCACCCCUCUCCAAUUCAACCGCAUCAUGGACGGAGAAGCGGACAUAAUGAUCAAUUUUGGGCGCUGGGAGCAUGGCGAUGGCUACCCGUUUGAUGGGAAGGAUGGGCUGCUGGCCCACGCCUUCGCUCCAGGCCCUGGCAUCGGGGGCGACUCCCACUUCGAUGACGACGAGCAGUGGACCCUGGGGGAGGGACAAGUGGUGAAGGUCAAGUACGGGAAUGCCGAAGGGGAGUUCUGCAAGUUCCCAUUCCUGUUCAUGGGGAAGGAGUACUCCACCUGCACCUCUGAGGGGCGAGAUGAUGGCUUCCUCUGGUGCUCCACGACCUACAACUUUGAUGAGGACGGAAAGUAUGGCUUCUGCCCUCAUGAACUGCUGUUCACGCUGGGCGGCAACGGGGAAGGGGCUCCCUGCAAGCUCCCCUUCACCUUCCAGGGCCAGAAGUACGAGGCCUGCACCACAGUGGGCCGGGAGGACGGCUACCGCUGGUGCGCCACCACCGAGGACUACGACCGCGACAAGACCUACGGGUUCUGCCCCGAAACCGCUAUGUCGACAGUGGGAGGGAAUGCAGAAGGCUCUCCCUGUGUUUUCCCCUUCACCUUCCUGGGUGACAAGUACGAGUCCUGCACCAGCUCUGGACGCAACGAUGGGAAGAUGUGGUGUGCCACCAGCAGUAGCUAUGACGACGACCGCAAGUGGGGCUUCUGUCCUGAUCAAGGUUACAGCCUUUUCCUGGUUGCUGCCCAUGAGUUUGGACAUGCCUUAGGCCUGGAACACUCACAGGAUCCAGGGGCAUUGAUGGCCCCAAUCUACACAUACACCAAGAACUUCAAGCUGUCCAACGAUGACAUCAAAGGCAUUCAGGAGCUCUAUGGAGUCCCAACAGACAAGCCUCUGCCUCCUACUCAGGGACCAGUCACUCCAAUGGACCUGUGUCAGGAGGACAUUCUCUUUGAUGCAGUUUCUCAGCUCAGGGGAGAGAUGUUCUUCUUCAAGGACAGAUUCCUAUGGAGAUCAAGCAACCCCAGGUCUAAGCCCAAGGGACCCACUCUUGUGGCCACUUUUUGGACAGAGCUGCCAGAGAAAUUCGACGCCGUGUACGAGAACCCACUGGAGGAGAAGUCCGUGUUCUUUGCAGGUAAUGAGUUGUGGGUGUAUUCAGCCAGCACGCUGGAGAAAGGGUACCCCAAGAAAAUCGCCACUCUGGGACUGCCUGCUGACCUGCCUCGUGUGGAUGCUGCUUUCUCCUUCAACAAAAACAAGAAAACCUACAUCUUUGCUGGCGAUAAGUUCUGGAGGUACAACGAAGCGAAAAAGAAAAUGGACCCAGGCUUCCCCAAGCUGAUUGCUGACGCCUGGAAUGGAAUCCCAGACAGUUUAGAUGCUGCUUUCCAUUUUAAUGGAGAUGGAUACAGCUACUUCUUCAAAGAUGGGUACUAUCUCAAACUGGACGACCGGAACCUUAAGAUUGUGAAAAUCGGGGAUAUUAAAUCGGAUUGGCUGGGAUGCUGAAGAGCUGCCUGUAUAACCCGGCUCCCCUUGUCAGACCUGAGGGACGCGGACAGACGGUCCAGUUUAAUUCCGAUUCCAAUUCAUACCUAACAGAAAAAAAACACUUCACAACUCCGUAUACUAUCUCCUUUGUUAUUGGACAGACCAUGUCUACGAUGCAACGCGCACUGUAUUUCUGUGGUGAAUACAUUCAAGUGAGGUUAUUCAACUGGACGGGAAAUGCAUCGCUUUUCGUAAUUCGUAUUGUCGGCUAUUUUUGAGCUAUAUUUUUCUGAAAUAAUGACGCACAUUUAGCUCUGGGACUGAAGCCUCUGAUAAGCAGUGACUUCAUCGGAAUCUCAGAAUUAAAAUAAACGACGUCUUUUUUAACAUCAUUAAAAGAAAUUGACCAAACUGUACACACCCGUUGUUUCUUCCCUACAUUUAGUUACGUAUAAAUCGAGAUUUGUCCACACUGCUAUUUUUACCUCUGGCGGUGUUGUACUGUAAGUUUGUAUUCUUCCUGUUUUGUAAAAGGACAUUUUUGUAGCACUUUGGAUUUUUUUUAAAGAAAUAAGCGUGUUUAUAUGAAACGCUACGACCAAACAACUGUCAAAUAUCAGCUCAGUAUUGUAUCAGUUGCUUUAGGAAAGUUACCACGGCACGGGAUGCCUGAAGGUUGUAAGUAUGUUGCAUGAUGGAGUCAUGACAAAAAAAAAACCGUAUCAUUAAAAUAUUGUUUAAUAAUCGAUUUUUUUUUAUUAUUGUUACUGGGGUUUUUGUAAAAAAACUUGACCGUAAGUAGAUUUGUAAUUUGCUUUGUGCACUUUGUCGCUGUACUUUGUUUUAAAAAAAUAAGAAUAAAAGGAAUGGACACUA